GCCCUUUCUGGCUACUGUGUACCUUUUAUUACUGCAGUAACUUACCUGGUAUUUUGCAUUUGAAAUGCACUUGUAGAUUUUGGGUUGAGCCGUUGAUUAUAUUGUGGUUUAUCCUGUUGGUUAGAUUUAAUUUCCUGAUGUUUUGUUGAUGGAGAUUGAGUCUCAUGAAGAUGUCAGAUUGUCAUUUCCCAGCAAUUAAUAGUCUUCUGUGCUUUUGACUGCUUCAAAUUUGCACUUGAAACUUGAAAUUCUGAACUUGUCAAGAAAGUAGGAGCUUAGUAGCGAUGCAAGAGGACGUUAAGUUAGUGAAGAUGCUUUCUGUAUUCUAUUUCAAGUUUCAGGAUUACCGAAUAAAUAGGCAAAGCGUCAGAUGUGGUCGAGUAGUGAUUGGAUUUGUUCCACGCUAUCUUAAAUAUCAAUUUUAUACAAGAAGGCAAAGGAUGUAAUUGAGCUUAAUCCUCCGUUUUUGAAUUGGGCCACUUGCUAGGGUUCAAUUUUAUUUUAAAAGAUGCAAAGUCUUAUCCUCACCCACCUCUAUCAUACUUUAAAGCGAGUCGAUUUCAUCGAUCCCUAUACCUUUGGCUGCAGCCCGCCGUUUCCUAUCCGAAAGAAAUUGAAAACGAAAGAAGAACGUAGCCGGGAUGCCUUCAACGAUUACAGUUUGUUUGCAGAUUUGCCACUCUUUUUUCAAAUGUUUUGCUAGCCUAGUGAAAGGCCUGAGUAAUAAAUUCGACUCAUUGACAUGGUUCUCCCUUGAUUUAAACAAAUUUUGAAAAAACCAUGCCUGAAGUGGAAGCUGAAAAAAUUCGUCUCAAGAUCCCCAAGAGCAAGUCCAGGCCUGGAGAAAGCUGCAAUCAAUAGGAUUUUCUUAAAGGAGAUCGUCUAUAAUUUCACAUGUGACGGUUGAUUUCUUGGUUAUGUCCAGAUCCUGAACUAGUGAAUCGAAAGUUUGAGCUCUCGCUCGAAUCUUCACCUUUAAGCGUUUGUAGGCUUUCGACUCAACCUAAUAGCCGGGCGCCAAUAAAAGAGAGAGUAUGAGCUCAUCAUCUGAUGCAGAUGCGGCUAGUCUGAGCACCUGAACACUUUAGCUCUCAUUCGUUAGAACAAGUCCUGAUGAUAUAGUUGUUAAAUGAAUGUUGGACUUGAUUUUAUGGAUGUUCUCCCUAUUGGUUUAGUAAAUGUGACCUAAUAGUGGGAAAAUUUUGUUACCUUUCCUUUAACAGACAAUGGCAGCUUCAGGAGACUCAUGGGUGAGAGAAUACAAUGUUGCAAUCAAACUUGCUGAUGACGUAACCAACAUGAUCUCUGAAAGGAACUCAUUGCCAGCUUCCGGGCCAGAAGCUCAGCGGCAUGCAUCCGCCAUACGGAGGAAAAUCACCAUACUUGGAACCAGACUGGACAACCUACAGUCUCUUUUGUCAAAGCUUCCUGUCAAGCAAUCUUUGUCCGAGAAAGAAAUGAAUCGUCGUAGGGACAUGGUUGCUUGUUUGAGAUCAAAAGUAAACCAGAUGGCUUCUACUUUGAACAUGUCAAAUUCUGCGAAUAGAGACAGCUUAUUUGGCCCUGAGAUAAAGCCUGUUGAUGCAAUGAGCAGAAUAAGUGGCCUUGAUAAUGAUGGUGUUGUUGGUCUUCAACGACAAUUGUUUCUUUUCUGUCUAUAUGUUAUAAUCCCUGCAGAACAAGAUGAGGAUCUUGAGAAAUUGGAGGAGACAGUGAUCAGCACCAAACACAUUGCACUGGCGGAUAAUCUGGAUGAACAUGUUGAUGUUACAGAAUCCAGGUUACAGCAAGUACAAAGGAGGCUUGUGAGAUUAAACAAGAGGACUAAGGGUGGCUGCUCCUGCUUGAACCUCCUACUAUCUGUCGUAGGGAUUGUGGUUUUGAUUGCAGUCAUAUACUUGUUGGUCAAAUAUUUGUAAUUCUAGCUUUCUCACGUGCUUUGUGUUUGUAAAAAGAAGAGCGCGCCUAACAAAGAUUGGUACCACUAUGUAUUUGCCUUCACAGACACGGUUAAGUUUCCAAAAUGCUGGUCAUGUGUAUAAUAACAUGUUUGGUUUUGCAUAAAUUUAUGCUGUUGUGAAUCUUGUUUGAAAGCUUUCCUGCAAUGAAAAG